AUGGCUGAAUUGGGUUCAAACCAAUUUUCACACUCUGGAUCUAGGGGAAAUAAGACUGGAAAUGAUGGGUUUGUGUUACUGGAGAGUAUCUGGACCUCUCAGUUUAAGAAAAACUUCCAAGGACAGCACGGUUAUGAUCAAGGCAUGUUGGAAACAACCCACCUAUCCGGAGGCUUCUGGAGGCCGUGGGUUGACGCCGGAGGCCAGCAGGAGGAGGCCGGGCACGGAGUCGCGCAGGCGGUGAGUGAGGGCAUGCCCGGAAUGACCGAAGCCUCUGGAAAGCUUUCCCGAUACAGGCACCCGGUCAGACUAUUUUGGCCAAAAUCAAAGUGUUAUGAUUACUUAUAUCAAGAAGCAGAAGCUCUUCUGAAAAAUUUUCCAAUUCAAGCCACAAUUUCAUUUUAUGAAGAUUCUGAUAGUGAAGAUGAAAUUGAGGAACAGAUCCGUGAAAAUUAAUCUAAUUAGUUACUUUUGAUGACAUUAAACAUUUGUAGGAUUUAAGUUUAGUGUGCAAAUGUAUCAUAAUCCUUUAAACUUAUUUAUUUGUAUGUAAAUUAUUAAUAAAAUGAAUAUUUUGUAAAUACUAUGGUAGUUGGGCCUUUUUAAAAUCC